AUGGCUUCUCUAACUUCACAAACGUCAAAGAAGGUAAGAAAUGGCGGGAGUUCUAAGGAUUCACCCAGCGGUCGCAAUUCAACAAGUGGACAAACUGUAAAAUUUGCAAGAAGAACUUCAAGUGGGCGGUAUGUCAGUCUGUCGAGAGAAGAUCUUGAUAUGUCUGGUGAAAUAUCAGGAGAUUACAUGAAUUAUACUGUCCACAUUCCUCCAACUCCUGACAACCAGCCCAUGGAUUCCUCUGUGGCUGUCAAGGCUGAAGAGCAAUACGUUUCUAAUUCUCUUUUUACAGGCGGAUUCAAUAGCGUUACGCGUGCACAUCUCAUGGACAAGGUGAUUGAGUCCGAGGUCACUCAUCCUCAGAUGGCUGGAGCCAAAGGUUCUUCUUGUUCCAUGCCUGCUUGUGAUGGCAAGGCCAUGAAGGAUGAGAGAGGAGCUGAUAUUGUUCCUUGUGAAUGCCGGUUCAAAAUAUGCAGAGAUUGUUACCUGGAUGCACAAAAGGAAAAUGGGCUGUGUCCGGGUUGCAAGGAGCCUCAUACGUUUUACAUCCUGCUGUAUUUGGGUUGGUCUUUCUGUCUGAAUUUGGGCUUGGUAAUGCUGAAGCCUCCUAGCGGUGAUCCUCUGCUGGGAAGCGCAGAUGAUGAUAAGAUCAUAGACUUCACAGAUGUGGAUAUACGCCUACCUUUAUUUGUGUAUAUGUCACGUGAGAAACGACCGGGCUAUGAUCAUAACAAGAAAGCUGGUGCCAUGAAUGCUCUGGUACGAGCAUCAGCUAUUUUGUCAAACGGACCUUUCAUGCUCAACCUUGAUUGUGAUCACUACAUCUAUAACUGCAAAGCCGUUCGUGAAGGAAUGUGCUUUAUGAUGGACAGAGGUGGUGAAAAUAUCUGCUACAUUCAGUUUCCACAGAGAUUUGAAGGCAUUGAUCCUUCUGAUCGAUAUGCUAAUCAUAAUACUGUUUUCUUUGAUGGCAAUAUGCGUGCCCUGGAUGGUGUGCAGGGUCCUGUGUAUGUGGGAACGGGGACCAUGUUUAGGCGAUUUGCACUGUAUGGAUUUGACCCACCAAAUCCUAACAAGACGCCUCAAAAUAACUCCACCGAGAUGCAUGCCUUGAGUCCCACAGACUUCGACUCCACUCUUGAUGUGAAUCUACUUCCCAAGCGAUUUGGAAAUUCUACAAUGCUGGCUGAAUCUAUUCCCAUUGCAGAGUUUCAAGGCCGACCUCUCGCUGAUCAUCCUUCUGUCUCCUAUGGACGUCCUCCUGGCGCUCUUAGAAUCCCCAGGGACCCCCUUGAUGCUACUACAGUUGCUGAAGCAGUCUCUGUCAUUUCUUGUUGGUACGAGGACAAGACAGAAUGGGGUGAGCGAGUGGGUUGGAUUUAUGGUUCUGUCACAGAAGAUGUGGUGACAGGCUACCGUAUGCACAACCGUGGAUGGCACUCUGUGUAUUGUAUCACCAAGCGUGAUGCAUUUCGUGGUUCAGCUCCAAUCAAUCUUACUGAUCGACUCCAUCAGGUGCUGCGGUGGGCAACAGGCUCAGUCGAGAUUUUUUUCUCCAGAAACAAUGCGUUUCUUGCCUCUAGAAGACUCAAGUUCCUGCAGCGCCUGGCUUACCUGAAUGUCGGCAUCUAUCCAUUCACUUCAGUGUUCCUCAUUGUGUAUACCUUCCUCCCUGCACUUUCGCUGCUUUCAGGACACUUCAUCGUGAAAACUCUAAAUAUUGUGUUCUUAGUGUACCUGCUAAUUAUAACUAUUUGUCUGAUCGGGCUAGCCAUUCUUGAGGUGAAGUGGUCUGGUAUAGGAUUGGAAGAGUGGUGGAGAAAUGAGCAGUUCUGGCUCAUCUCUGGAACCAGUGCUCAUUUGGCUGCAGUUGUCCAAGGUCUUCUUAAAGUGAUGGCAGGGAUUGAAAUUUCUUUCACAUUGACUACCAAAUCUUCAUCAGACGAUGACGAAGACAUUUAUGCAGACCUAUAUGUAGUGAAGUGGACUUCCCUGAUGAUUCCACCAAUUGUUAUAGCCAUGAUAAAUAUAAUUGCCAUUGUGAUAGCAUUCUUAAGGCAAAUUUAUAGCACAGUACCACAGUGGAGUAAGUUCAUUGGUGGAGCUUUCUUUAGCUUCUGGGUGUUGGCUCAUUUAUACCCAUUUGCCAAGGGCUUGAUGGGCAGAAGAGGGAAGACACCAACAAUUGUAUUUGUUUGGUCAGGUCUCAUUGCUAUCACACUUUCCUUGCUCUGGAUUUCCAUUAGCCCACCUGGAAACGAUGCAUCAGCUACAGUUGGCGGCACUGGUUUCCAAUUCCCAUAAACUGGGACCAAAUACUGUUUAACUAUUUUUUACUUCGUUGCUAUACAAAGUCACAGGUGGGGAUUCUACAAGAUUCU